AUGCGGCAGAAGCGCGCCAAAGCAUACCGCAAGCUCAUGUCUCUGUACUCUAUGUCCUUCGGCUUCAGGCAGCCUUACCAAGUCCUUGUCGACUCAGAGAUGUGCAAGGCCUCCAUAGCACAGAAGCUAGAGCUGAACAAGCAGCUGGGUAUCGUCCUCCAGGGCUCCGUGAAACCCAUGGUCACGCAAUGUUGCAUACAUGAGCUUUACUUGCAGGGGAAAGACCAACAGCCUGCAGUCGACCUAGCAAAGACGUUCGAGAGGCGAAAAUGUAACCAUCGUGAAGCCAUUCCAGGGGACGACUGCCUCGCGAGUGUCGUCGGGGAGACCAACAAGCACCGUUACGUGAUUGCGACGCAAUCUCAGGAGCUGCGAACUAAGUUGCGCGCAAUACCGGCCGUCCCUAUCGUUCACAUCAACCGUUCAGUUAUGAUACUUGAGCCGCCAAGUAAAGCGACUCUCGAAGCCAAGGAAUCUGUCGAGGAGAAAGCGUUACAUCCAUCUGCACCAGAGAUAGCAAGUCUGCCAUCGACGGUCCCUGAUGAGCCGCUAAAGAAGAAGGGCCCGAAGGGUCCCAAUCCACUUAGCGUUAAGAAAAAGAAGGCUAAGCCUCCGUCUGCGCCGAAGGAGAGCAAGUCCGAACAACAUAAAAAUCAAAUAGGAGAAAAGCGCAAACGAACAGAUGGUGAUCUCGCAGAGCAGUCUCGUUCGCCUGAAGAGAGUAGUGGUCACAAAAGAAAGCGGCGGCGAAAAGCUCACGCAAGUAGUGGCGGCGCUGACGAUGCGGGAGACCAUUCUACAUAG